UUCAUUGUACUAUGUAUUUUUGUCAAUUUUUGAUGCUAAUAUUCUUAUGUAAAUAAAAUAAAAUAUAUUUUGAACUAUUAAAUAAAAAGCAAUGACAAACAAUAAAAAAAUAAACAUUUAGGUGCUAGAAAUAACACUAGGUGUAUAGCCAUUGUGUGAAUCAAUUUGCAGAACUAAGGGGAACACUGCAUUUCUCAUGCUCGCAUGUUGUUGGCGGGUCGCCGUGGAGUUUUAAUUUUAGUAUAAGGCAAAUUUUAUUUGCAGAAAUGGCGUCCAAGGAGGAAGAUGAGCAGGAGAAGACUAUUGCUGAGGAUGUCGUGGUCACUAAAUAUCAGACGGCAGCUGAAGUUACCAACAAGGCCCUGAAAGCAAUCAUUGCAAAGUGUGUUGCUGGAGCUUCAGUGAGGGAGCUUUGCAAGGCAGGAGAUGCCUGCAUGGAAGAAGAAUUGGCCAAAGUCUACAGAAAAGACAAGAACCUCAAGAAAGGUAUCGCGUUUCCGACGUGCGUGGCCGUCAACCACUGCAUCGGUCACUACUCGCCUCUCAACUCGGAUCCGGAUACGACGCUGGCCGACGGAGACCUGGUGAAAAUUGACCUGGGCAGUCACGUGGACGGCUUCCCGGCGGUAGUGGCGCACAGUCUGGUGGUGGGCGCCGGUAAGGAGAACAAGGUGACGGGACGCAAGGCAGAUGUGCUGCUGGCGGCCCACUACGCCUUCGAGGCGGCGCUCCGGCUCACCAAGCCGGGUCAGGAGAACUACACCGUGACCGAUAUGGUGACCAAGAUCGCCAGCGAGUUCAAAACGAAGCCGAUCGAGGGCAUGCUGUCGCACCAGCUGAAACAGAACGUUAUCAACGGCGAGAAGACAAUCAUCCAGAACCCGAACGAGGGCCAGCGCAAAGAGCACGAGAAGUGCGACUUUGAGAAACACGAGGUGUACGGCCUCGACGUACUUAUCUCCACCGGCGAGGGAACGGCACGGGAGCUAGACGCACGCACCACAGUCUACAAGAAAACCGACGAAGUGUACAGUCUCAAGAUGAAGACAUCACGCGAGUUCCUCUCGCAAGUCAACAAGAAGUGUGGUACUAUGCCGUUCAACCUCAGGAUAAUGGAUGACGAGAAGAAGGCGAAGCUAGGCGUGGUCGAGUGUGUCAACCACAGGUUAAUAGAGCCGUUCCAGGUCCUCUACGAAAAGUCAGACCAACUGGUGGCCCAGUUCAAGUCGACCAUCCUCCUGAUGCCCAACGGCACGCGCAAGAUCACCGGAGUGCCCUUCGACCCGGAGACAUGUCAGUCAGAGCACUCGAUCCAGGACGAGGACGCCAAGUCCCUGCUAGCAACUCCGCUCGACAAGAAAAGUGCCAACAAGAAGAAGAAGAAGGCGUCCGGCGCUGCGCCGCAGGCGGUGCCCGUGUCCAAGGACUAGCGGCGUGGCGCCGCGCGCGCGCCGAGGUCCCUCCCUGCUGCUCUCCUCCGUGGCACGCCGGUGCGACGGUUCGCCACUGCCGGCCGCGCCGGCCGCAGGAACAGUACAACGCCACCGCUGGCCCGCGCCACGAGCGAGCAUCAAUCCAUACUGCUUCUGUGCUAAUAAGGUGUUUGGUUGGUUUGGCUCUUUUACAUCACGCAACAGGAGGAACAAUAAAGGGAUUUUGUGAAAGUGUUUUCUCAACUUGGAGAGGUUGUGGCUCGCUGGCUGAUUGAAGAUUCCAGGAGGGUUGUUUCUUUUUAGCGAUGGGCGUUGGCGUGCAUGGAGGAUGGUGGUGAGGGUUUCGUUUCAACUCUUCGCAAAACAGCUGCAAAGUUUUUUCGUUCUGACAUGCUCUUUUGUUCGCCGAGUUAAAAUGUUUCUAGCCUGGCUCGAUCUUACUUGAUCAAUGACUGACUGUGUCACCAGUGACUGAAGAGCAAGUCAUUAGUUCACAUUCUGAGAUGUCUAAUACACAGCCUUUUAAUA